AGUAUCCACACAGAACAGAAACAAUUUGUAUGUGAGGACUGUGGACACAGAUUUAGCAAGAAGACCAAUUUAAACAGACACAUGAGAGUCCACACAGGACAGAAACCAUUUGUAUGUGAGGACUGUGGACACAGAUUUAGCCAUAAGGUUAAUUUAAACUCACACAUGAGAGUCCACACAGGAGAGAAACCGUUUGUGUGUGAGGACUGUGGACAAGGAUUCAGUCGUAAGGCUACUUUAAACUCUCAUAUGAGUAUCCACACAGAACAGAAACAAUUUGUAUGUGAGGACUGUGGACACAGAUUUAGCGUUAAGAGUAGUUUAAACAGACACAUGAGAGUCCACACAGGAGAGAAACCAUUUGUGUGUGAGGACUGUGGACACAGAUUUAGCCAUAAGGUUAAUUUAAACUCACACAUGAGAGUCCACACAGGAGAGAAACCGUUUGUGUGUGAGGACUGUGGACAAGGAUUCAGUCGUAAGGCUACUUUAAGCUCUCAUAUGAGUAUCCACACAGAACAGAAACAAUUUGUAUGUGAGGACUGUGGACACAGAUUUAGCGUGAAGAGUAGUUUAAAAAGACACAUGAGAGUCCACACAGGAGAGAAACC